UAAAGUAUGUUUAAAAGCAAGCCGGAAUUGAUCAGAACGUUUUCAACAUUCGAAGGCAAAGAUGUUAACAAGUUACAGGAAUCGGGGUUGUUACAACAGCAUGCAGUGAGGGUCAUGUCAACUAUAGAUAAAUGCAUCAUACAUAUCAACGACCCAUCAAGUAUGGAAUAUAUUCUACAAGAAGUUGGUGAACAUCAUAAUAUGUACAAUGUACGCUCUAAUGAUAUUCAGAUUAUAUUACCUCAUUUUCUAACUGCAAUGAAGCCGUACAGUCAGGAUCCAUGGUGUGAGGAACUACAAGAUGUCUGGACCCGUUUUCUGUCUUUGAUUGUUUAUCAUAUAAAGAAGGCUAUGCAACGACAUGACAAUGACAACAGUCUUGAAUUUGAGGAUAAGCAUGUUAAUACUAACGAACAAAUAGAAAAUAGAUAAUAUUUGAUUUUAUAAGUGUUUUGAAGAUAAGAAAAAAAAAGUAUAUUACAUUUAAGAUUGCAAAACCGACAAAUAAUGAAAUUCAGCAAAUGUUACUAUCGUUUAUAUGCAAUUUCUUAUCGUAGGCACUUAAAAGCACUUCUGAUAGAUCCGAGGAUCAGUAACACUUGCCUCUUGUCUAGAUGGUGUUUAAUAAGAGAUGCAUAAUUAUGUAUAACUUUGUAAAUAGUUCAUCUUGGAAAAUCAAGUGAAAGAAAAGCAUGAUCAUAGAUUAUGAAGAUACGAUUUCAAAUGCAUUGACGAGCAAUUUUAUCAUGUUUUAUGACUUAUAUACAUUUUGUCGGAUAAGUGGUUUACAAGUGGUAUAAAAUCGGACACUUGACUGACUAAAUAGAAAAGGUUGUGAACAUUUUUUGUAACUUCUAAGUGCCUCUUAAAACACACAUGUGAGGAAAAUUUGUUUUUGUCAUACUUUCAUUGUGGACACGUAAAAGGAUGUGAGAUGUAAAGUAAGCAGGAACAAACUCAAUCAAUCAACUUUUUUCUAACAAAAAAUAUCUUUUCCAAAUUUAAUUAACUAAAUUACAUUAACUAAAAUCAAGUUACCGUAUACAUAUAAUGUAGUUAUUGGUGUGUAUUUUACGAAUCAUAUUGUUGUUGUUAAUAUACAGCUAUUAUAUAACAUAUUCAAGUAAAGUUUGAAGAAAUAUUAUGUUUAUUUUUGCAAUCAAGUACUUUAUUUUGACAUAAAUGCUCUCCUGGAAUAAAAAGUAGAUACACAUGUAUCGUAAAUGUCUUGAAACCGACGUUCGCAGUCUAAUGUUUAUUUAUUGCUUCCCCAACAGUUAUGAGCAAUUGUCUCAUGCCCUAUCAGGAUGCUCGUAUAAUUGUCAAUCAAGUUGGCAUAUGGAUCAUGAACUGUAUUACUGGAAGAUACAGCCUAUUGGUUUGAUAAACCUCUAAUCUGUAUACAAUCAGAUAACUCAUGUAUGUCUCUAUGUGCUCUGAUAGGGAACACAGUGAAUCAUAUUUUUAAUGUGGAUUUGGGGUCAAACUUGUGUAACCCGUCGUUACAGCUAGGUUUAUUUUAACAUUAAUUUUUUUAACAUAGGAUAAUCUUUUUUUUUCAUUCUGUAUUGCGACGUAGGAAUUAAUACGAGUUACUAAGAGAUAUAGAAUAUGGGCUUUUGUGUUGUAUUUUUAAACAACAUAGUCAUAGGGACACAUAAGAUAACCAAUAGAUGCUUCUAUCAAAUGAUAUGCAAAACAUACUGUGUCACGGAUCUGUUGAUACUAUAGUAUGAUUUUCAUUCUACUUUCACAGCAAACGAUUUCAUAUUCUCCGCAAGAUAAUAGUAAAAUGGAAAAUUGUCAUGAUGUAGAAACUUUAAUGUAUUCGGAUGAAAUGUUACUUUUCCGCGUAAAUAAAUCGAGCAACUGAGUUUAACGUCAGAACAAGUUUUGUUUCAUCGGCACAAACGAUUCCUAAAUUUAGUUUCUUUCUCGUUUUGCCGAAACAUUUUCUUGACAUCUUUACUGAUAGAAAAUUCUAUGAAAAAUAUCCAUCGGUUAUAUCUUUUAAGUGUCUAUCUUCAAAUUUUACUUCACUUUUGCUGUGCUUAUUUAAACGUUUCAUUGAAAUGAAUCCUUCCAGUCAAAUUUUCGAUUUUUCUUUUGAGAAGUAGAUGAAAUAUUUAUAUUAAUUAAUCGUGAUGAUUAUGAAGUUCUGUUAGAAUUUUGUUCUGGUAGACAAGGUAAGUUUUAGAAACUUACCCAAGUAAAUAAUUGAUAUUAUGUUUUGUUCCUGUUACGUUAAGCCGUAACGUCUUUGUUGUCUGAAGUGUUUUUCUCAUUGCUACUCAUUGCUAUUACUCAUAUUACCGAUGUAGAAUAUGAUCAACU